AUGACUCCAGCUCAGAUCGCUGGACUAUCUGUAGCUGCGGUUGCCGCAUUCGUUAUUGCUGUAGGACUCAUGGCCUUGAGCGUAUGCUUACGCAGGAAAAGGGAGCGUAAGAACGCUUUCGAUUCUGAUGAGAAGGGUUCCAGCACCAACUCGAGCCAGCUUACUUCACGAUUCUCGAACUUUGUCGCUGCGGGAAGCACCAAAGUACCGUCAAGCAGAUUCACAAUGGCAAUUCCUCCGGCUGCUCGUAAAGGAGGCAAGCAUGUCAAGUUGAAUGCGAACAGAGUCAGGGACCACGAAGCGACUCUGCGCCCAACUCGCCCUGUCCAACGCAAUGGCGUUGGCACCGCCAACAGCGCUUCCGACUCUUCGUUACCUCUCAGUCAGAUUGGUGUUGCCAUUAGUGCCGAGCUAGACGGAACCUCUGCAGUUCCUCAGAUUACGACACAAGCCCCUUCGCAAUUGGAACGCGGCAGACCGAAACAGUCUCAGCUCAGCGUUCCCUUCAGACCCACCUCAUUCGAGACUGCAGACCCAAGUGACCCAACACCAGACGACGACGACGACGACAAGCAACUCUCGGACGACGCCAAACUCUCCCCCGUCGCAGAAUCCCCCAUCUCCAAACUCCGCUACCCAAAAGUCCCACGCGCAUCGAACCAACUCGUGCCCCGCAGCCCAUGCAGCCCCCAACACGUGCACAGCUUCAAUACCUCACGAACUCACCUAGCACCGCGUCGUAACCAACCCAGCCCGCCUUCAACCUCCCACCUUCUACACAACCGCCACAAAGACCUCGCGCCACUCCUCCUCGAAACGCGUGUACCCCUCAAACUCAACGCGCCCAAGGACGUCGCCAUGCUUCCCCGUCCUCCCCUCAAAGACCCCUUUACAUCCCCACCCCGUGCCCGCACGCGCACACAUGUGCGCAGCAACAGCACGGAAUCAUGGUCCACGACGCCGCGCUCCAAGAUCGAUCGUAAGAGCCGCACGCAAAGCGUCGCCAGCCCGAACAUGUACGAAGAGCCCGUGGUGAUCCGGCCGCUCAACGUGCGGCGCAAGAGAGAUGAGAUGAGGGAGAUUAACGUUGGUAGAGACGUUGAUCAUGAUGCGGAGGGGUUGAGGAGCCCGGUUUGGAUUCCGAAACUGACGCCGACAAAGAAGGGAGAUGAUUUGUUUAUUAGUGUGGGGUGGGGCGGACGGUGA